AUGGCUUCCAUUUACAUUGACGAAGAUGUCGGCCGGGACGAUUCCACCGCGACCGGAACCGAGUCUGCCCCCUACAAGACGCUGCUGCAUGCUAUGCUGCAGCACGCUCCCGCCGAUGGCACCCAGUACUUGACGCGCAAGUCCCAAACCGAGCCCACGGGUGAGGGUGCCGAUCCCGCCUCCAAACUGGUCUAUCAGCCGGCCACCAAGUCCGCCUUGAAGAAGGCCACCAACCUGUACGAACAACGGAAGCGAAAGGCCGCCAAGGAGCAGGACCUGGCCAUUCGCGAGAAGCAAGAGGCGGACAAGCGUCAGGCUCUGCUGGAAGAAGCCAAGAAGGUCGUCAUCAAGGAGGAUACCUCUCUGCCCAAGCCGGUCAAGAUCCGUCUGGACGUGACGGACCCGGCGGUCGUGACGUUGGGCAAGCCCGAGCCGGAGACUAAGGGUACUCGGGUUCGCGUGCUGGGCCGAGUUCAUCGUCUGCGCGCUCAGAAGGGAGUGGUCUUCCUCACCUUGACCGACGGCUAUGGCUACCUGCAGUGUGUCCUGACCGGCGACUUGGCCAAGUCCUACGACAUCAUGACUCUCACCCUCGAAACCUCCAUGUCGAUCCACGGUGAGAUGCGCGCGGUCCCUCCCAAGCAGCAUGCGCCCAACGACCGCGAGCUCCACGCCGACUUCUUCACCAUCAUCGGCCGUGCCGCUGGUGACAAGGAGGCCAUCACCACUCGCGUGGCCCCCGAUGCCGAUCCCCAGACCCUGUACGACAACCGCCACCUGGUGCUCCGUGGAGAGACCGUCUCCUCGGUGAUGAAGGUGCGCGCUGCCACUCUGCGGGCUUUCCGCACGGCCUUCGAGGAGAACCGCAUGCUGGAGGUCACCCCGCCGGCCAUGGUGCAGACCCAGGUCGAGGGCGGCAGCACUCUGUUCAAGUUCGACUACUACGGCGAGAACGCCUACCUGACACAGUCGUCUCAGCUCUACCUGGAGACCUGUCUGCCCUCGCUGGGAGACGUCUUCUGCGUGUGCCCGUCGUUCCGCGCCGAGAAGUCCCUCACCCGUCGUCACUUGUCCGAGUACACGCACAUCGAAGCGGAACUCGACUUCAUCACCUUCAGCGACCUGCUCGACCACUUGGAGGCGGUCAUUUGCCGCGUUAUGGACCUGGUGCUGGCCGAGCCCGAGAUCGCCGCCUACAUCCAGAAGCUCAACCCCGACUUCAAGCCCCCCAGCCGCCCCUUCCGUCGCAUGAAGUACUCCGACGCCAUCGAGUGGCUGCGCGAGCACGACAUCCCCAACGAGGAGGGCAAGCCGCACGAGUUCGGCGACGACAUCGCCGAGGCCGCCGAGCGCAAGAUGACCGACAUCAUCAACUCGCCCAUCUUCCUGACCCACUUCCCCGCCGAGAUCAAGGCCUUCUACAUGAAGAAGGACGUUGAGGACCGCCGCGUCACCGAGAGUGUCGACGUGCUGAUGCCCGGUGUUGGCGAGAUCGUCGGUGGUAGUAUGAGAAUGGACAACUGGGACGAGCUGAUGGCCGCCUACAAGCACGAGGGCAUGGACCCCUCUCCGUACUACUGGUACACUGACCAGCGCAAGUAA